UUCAGAGCUACACCUCCUCUCAUCAUGCAGUCCAGCAGCCUCUUCCCUCUGGUUCUUCUUGUCCUGGGAACCCUGGCACCUUGGACUGCAGAAGGUGUUGGAAAUGCGUUGAAACCUGGAGCCUGCCCUUCUAUACGAUCUUCUCGGUGCCUUUUUGGCUAUGAGCAAUCUGAGUGCCAGAGUGACUGGCAGUGUCCAGAGAAGCAGAUCUGUUGCCCUGAUAUUUGCGGCUUCAGAUGCCUGGAUCCUGUUAAUGUCUUCAACCCAAUAGAAGUGAAGCCUGGCAGGUGUCCCGUGGUCACUGGCCAGUGUCUGAUGCUCAAUCCCCCCAACUACUGUGAGACCGACAGCCAGUGUGUGAGUGACUUCAAGUGCUGUAGGGGCGUGUGUGGGAAAGCCUGCGUGGCCCCUGUAUAAGCCUGAUUCCUGCCAUUUGGAAGAGGCUCUGGAUUCCUACUCUGUGGCCUGGGAAUUCUGCUUUCUGCUCCCGGACUUGGAGCAAUGGGGCGGCACUCUAUGGUCAAAACUUGGUUCUACCACCAAUAUCUCCAUUGAGGAAAAGCUUGACACACAGUAGCCUUUCAGGAAAUGCCUGUUGAUUGGUGAAUAAAUAAAUGAGCAAAUUUCUUUCUGUC